GCGCAACACCACUUGCUGUCGUCAGGCAGAAUCAGGUCGGCGGUUCGGCUUUGAACGUGUGUGUCUGGCAAAGUUUUAAUUAUUUUAGAUAUGCACCAUAUAGCUGCAUCAAUCAAGAUCAUUACAUGCACAAGAUAUCAACAAGCCCAGAAGCACCACCCAGACUUUACCGUCCUUGAAGUUGUCAAAUGGAUUCGUCCUACCUGAGGGCAAACUAACUCCCAACGCCCUCUUUGUUGGUGGGAUCGACAUGAAGGUUGAUGAAAAUGAAAUGCGUGACUUCUUUGCAAGAUAUGGUGCUGUCAAGGAAGUAAAAAUUAUCACUUACCGUGGAGGGAUCUGCAAAGGGUAUGGGUUUGUAUACUUCAAUGAAGAUGUCAACAUUCAGUCAAUCAUUGAGCAACAGAUCAGUUUUAAAGGCCGUAAGCUCAAGCUGGGUCCUGCCAUCAUGAAAGAAAGAAGCUCUCGGUCUAUCCCACCCCGUCUGGUUGGUCCAAGUCCUUGGAUGAAUCCCACACAGUACAUCUACUGUGCCUGCUGCUCACCCAUGGGAGGAGGGAUGACACAACCCGUGCCCGUCCUCAGUGGAGGCAGCCAAUACAAUCAGCCGUACACCUACACCAACUUUGGAGGGGUCAUGAUCCCACCGAUGCCGAUGAACUAUGCACAGAAUGCCUACGCCUACCAGUACACCCCACCUCCCUGGACGCCGGACCAGAGGACACGGCCUGUCAAUCAGAGCUUUGUGGACUGUGGAGUCCAGACUAUGCUGACCGUGCUGUAAUCUCCAGCUACUGAAUCCCCUGCCAGGCAGUGACUUCAGUGAGUCAAAAUGCCGACAAGAUGACAUUUUGAUGUUCCGGACAGCUCUUCGGGCUUUUUUUUCCCUCCACAAUGCCGAUUUCGCCUCUCCUCGCUCGCCUCACUUUUCUAGAGCCAUUUUAACACCAGACUGCAAGAGCUUUCCACUUUAACUGUACUGAUUUGAUCCCAACCACUUUGACCACGACCGGUAGGGUUGACCUGUUUGUACGCUGCUUUUAACCCACAUGGAUCACAGUGACAGUCGCACAGGAAGAGCAGAGCACCCUCACCAUACAGCUCAUAUAUGGGAUCACAACCUUCCUUCCUUCUUUCUUUUUCUUUGUUAAUUAUCCCAAACAAAAGAUGGAAAGACUUUUAUGCUCACUUAUUUAUAUUUUAUUUAAUUUUGGAAUUAUUUUAAAUGUUUGUUUGGUUGGGUUUUUUUUUUAACCUCGCUAAGGGCUCUCUGUGCAUUAAAAAGUAUGUUUAUGUAUAUAUAUUGCACCAAUGUCUGGGCUGCAAUCUGGUUGUUCAGCGUUGGAGUAUUCUUCUUUAACUCCAGUUCAGGUCUAAUGUUUCUCCAAUUAAGACUCGUCAUUAAUUUGUCGACUACAGCAUUGGGACACUCGGUCAUUCUAUUCAUUUCUAGCACUCAAAGUUAAUUCUGCGCUCUGUUUUAUUUCACCGGGUGUCAAUUUGGGAUCGUAAAUGAAAGGCAGUUUUGUCACAGUACAGCGCCUCAUAAGUAUUAUUCUUUUCCUUAUCUAGGUCAAUGGUCUGAUGUUCCACUGGUUAAAACUCAAUUAAAAUCACGGCAUCAAUUUUAUUUACCAUAACUUAGUAAUCAAUUGUUAUUUUGGUGGAGAAAAAGGUGGAAAAUGAAGGACUUGAUUUAAAGUGAGGCACUGUGUUACAUCUGUUUGGGGAAAUGUUCACUGUUUGUGGUUCACUCCUGUUUUCAGAAGUUUGGGUUUUAAAGUAGUUGCAGGUGAUCUUACACAAAGCAUUUUACAGACUUGUCGUGUUUUUUUUUUGUACUUUCCUUUCCAGCAAGUGCAUUGAAUGUGUCUUAAUUUUAACUUCAGGCACAGGUUUGUAUGAUUGGAAACGCACAUUGGUGUGUGGUGCACAUCGCAGAUUUUCUUUUUGUGUGACCCAGUUCUGUGUUUCAUACGGAGAUGGACCUGGAGGUCUGCCGCAUGCAGAUGCGAUUGUGUUCCUAGAAUUGUUUUGUUCAGAGAGCCUGGCCACUGCACUGUUAGCGUUUGGUUAAUGUUCACAUUUUGUAGGGUUUUGAUAUCUUUGUUAAAAAAUAAAAGUUGGAAUAUGUUAUA